CGUCUUAACUGCUGAGCCACCACUGCCCACGUUUUCUUUUGUUCUACUGAUGUGAUUACAGUGGAGAUCAUCAACAGCUAUCAACGACUAUUAAAGUUAUUAUAGUUAUAGUUGUAUAGUAUUUAGUUAUAGUUCUAAGCUAAAAAAAAAUGCCACUAUUAAGAUUUAGAUGUUUAAGAAGUUAACUAAUUUUAUAUACAGCAAUUUAAAAACAACUAGAAAAGUUGCUAAGGUGUUAAUAGGAUCUGAUACAAAUGGUUUUGAAUUGACAUUAUUCUUAGCCAGUGUUUGAUGUUAUAGUUUCUUUUCUUUUUUCUUUUCUUUUUUUUUACAGCCUGUCAUAAAUGAUGCAUAUGCACUUUAUGUAGGCCAUCUGGAGUUACGCAAUUCUUGUAUAAUAUUAAUCUUUUAAGAAGCGGAAGUUCAGAUAGCAGAGUUCAAUGUCAGAGUUACUUCUGAUCCGUGUGUCCUUGAAUAUCUUGAUAAACAUGAGGAUUUGAUCACAUCCUAUCUCUCAGAGUCGCACUGCAAACAUUCCCCCCGGAGGACAAAAGUCAGCUCGGUGUUUGUGAACACAGCAGCAGCUCACACUCACACACACACACACACACACACACACACACACACACACACACACACUGAAAACACAGCAUGGCACAGGUGGAGGACAUGGACGACACCAUUGUGUCCUUCUCUCAGGGGACUCGCAUGCUCUUCUACCUCAUGUCCCCCAACGAGACGUUGUUUGCGGAAGUAGAGCAGGUUCCGCAAUAUGUCAAACAGGCCACUCCAUUCUUUGUUGGAAUGAUCUUAUUGGAGGGACUGCUGGGUUGGCUGAAGACUGGAGACCUUCUCAUCAAAAUUAAUGAUGGGACCACAUCUCUGUCAGCAGGCAUGAUGUCCCGACUGCCCGAGCUCUUUAUGAGAAGUCUGGAGGUUUCCAGUUACAUAUAUGUUUGGAAUAACUUCCACAUAUUGGAGUUACCUUGGGAUUCAGCUUGGACAUGGUGGCUAGCAUUCCUAGGUGUGGACUUUGGAUACUACUGGGUUCAUCGAUGCAGCCAUGAGCUUAAUAUCCUGUGGGCUGCUCAUCAAGUUCAUCACAGCUCUGAGUACUACAACCUGACCACAGCGCUCCGGCAGUCUGUAACACAGCAAUUUGCUUCAUGGGUGUUCUACCUCCCCAUGGCAUUAAUAAUUCCACCGUCAGUCUUUGCUGUACACAUUCAGUUUAACUUGCUCUACCAGUUUUGGAUCCACACUGAGUUCGUCAGGGAUCUUGGUCCUCUGGAGUGGAUCUUGAACACUCCGAGUCAUCACAGAGUUCAUCAUGGGAGAAACCACUACUGUAUUGACAAGAAUUAUGGAGGGACUCUCAUUAUUUGGGACCGGAUGUUGGGAACCUUUGCUCCAGAAGAUGAUAAAGUCAUCUAUGGACUCACACACCCCAUCAACACCUUUGACAUUCUGUCUGUUGAGUUUGAUUACUACACAUAUCUGUUGAAGCAGUUCUUCAGUGCUAAUGGUAUUAAACACAAGCUGUCGGUCAUCUUUAGUGGACCAGGCUGGACACCAGGCAAACCGAGGCUUGGAGAUCCUGAAGAUCUACCCGAGAUCACAGGAGAGGAAGUGCCGCACAAUCCACAUUGGUCAUCUGCACUUCAAGCUUAUGUGCAUGUGCAGUUCCUUCUUGUGCUGGUCGUUUACAACAACUUAUUUGCAACAGAACAUAUGCUGUCUCAAACAACUGUGCUGCUUAUCACUGGAUACAUAUUACUCACACUUACCAUCCUUGGGUAUAUAAUGGACCAAAGUCCUAAUGCUGCUCUAUGGGAGAUGUCACGCUGCCUACUAAUGUUGGCACUCAACAGGUUUGGUUAUAUCAGCUCCAUGGUGCCUCUACUGGAUCUUGCAACAGAGGUUUUUGCUACUCUUUCUGCAAUCUACUGGGCUCUGCAGUGUUUCACCAAACUGACUAACAAGGAGAAGAGUCACUGAAUGUAAGCUAAAUGGACAAACACUAAAUGUAUUUUGCUGUGCAGCAUCCUAAGUUGUCUACAGUCUUUAAUUAGAAGACCAACUACCUAACAAGUUAAUUAAAAAGUAUUGUGCAUUGUGGAAUGGGAUUUAUCAAUUAAUAGAAGUUUUUGCGUAUAAUACUAAAUGCACAGAAUUUUCUUAUAUAUGCAAUAAAUAAUAAUAAUAAUAACAAUAAUAAUAAUAAUAAUAAUAAUAAUAAUAAUAAUAAUAAUAAUAAUACAGAAAUAUGUACUACUACUACUACUACUACUACUACUACUAUAAUCCCGUUUUUCAUUUUUAAAAAAAAAUAAAGUAGAAUUUACAUAUAGAAGGAUAAACAAAAUACACUAUAUGGCCAAAACUAUGUGGACACCUGACCAUCACACCCAUAUUUGGUCUUUCCCUAAACUGUUGCCACAAAUUUCGAAGCACACAACUGUAUAGGAGGCCUUCUAUGCUGUAGCAGUAAGAUUUUCCUUCACUGGAACAAAACAGCUCAAACCUGCUGCAGCAUGAUAAUGCCCCUGUGCACAAUGCAAGGUCAAAAAGUUAUGGUAUGCCAAGAUUGGAGUGGAAGAACUCUAGUGUCCUGCACAGAUCCCUGACCUCAACUCCACUGGGUUGAACUGGAAUGCUGACUGCACCCCAGGCCCCCUCACCCACUGCCUGACCUCAUUAUCUGGAGUGGACUGAUUUAUCUACAUAAAAUAAGGAAAACAAAAUGAAAUUAUAAUGACAUAAUGAAUAAAACAAUGUUAUAGGCACAUUUAUAUGAACUAUUCCAUUGACAGUUUGCUAUCUUGUUUAACAAACAUAUAUUUUACUACCUCUGUUUACUUUAAUCAUUUUAGCAAAUUGAUAUUUAAAACCUAUUUGUGAUUUAUGACUCAGUAAAUCUGUCCAUAUUUAAUAACCUGUCCUGUCCUAACUUUAGUUCAUUUAGCUGAAUAUCUGAUUUUUUGUUAGCUUUGUAAAAGAUUUCUAUCAUAAAAGUAUCAAAGAGUCAUAAAGUACAGUCUUGUGUUUAAAAAAAUCAUCCCCAUCAUAUGAUGCUUUUUAUAAAUUAAAAGUUGUUAAUAGGUGCAUCAUAUUUAAUCUGUUUUUACCCCCCUUUGGAUAGCAGUGAUAACAUCUGAAUUAUAUUGUACGAUUUAUUAAGAUUGAAUAUUUCCCAGCCCCUGGGUGUUCUUUACCAUGUAAUGUAAUUUCAAUUACAUUUGUUUACUACAUCUUUGAAAAUAAAUUGUUGAACCUA